ACUGAUAUUAGUCACGUGAUACGAUGGUUGUCAAAAUGGCGGCCAUUUCGCCGAGGUCGGGAUCUUUCGAGGUAUACAUUCGGCAGCAGUGGUGUAAAGUAUUUGUAACCUUAAAUGAAGACAGUAUAACGUUGGCACUUGAUGAGAAUUUGAAUAAGUCACUUCCCCUCAACAUCAGUGCGGAUAGCACGACCUCUAGACAUGACCAAUUACCUGAAUCCAUUGCUGGACAAAAGCGACUUGUGAGAGUAAUCAAAGAGGAGCAAAAUGGACUGGGAAUUAGCAUCAAAGGAGGCAAAGAAAACAAAAUGCCAAUACUCAUUAGUAAAAUAUUUAAAGGGAUGGCAGCAGAUAAAACAGAAAAAUUGUAUGUUGGCGACGCCAUCUUAUCAGUUAAUGGAGAAGAUCUGAGAGAGGCAACCCAUGACGAAGCUGUUAGAGCCCUUAAAAAGGCCAAGAAAAUCGUGGAGCUCGAGGUAAAAUACAUCACAGAUUUCAGUCCCUGCUUUCGCAAGAUUUCAGCAUUAAAUGAAUUAGGAUGGGGAAGUCAGGAGGCCCAGAGGGAUGCAGCCAGAGCUAAUUGGACAGAAACCAAAACAAUACCACUGAAACUUUGCUAUCUCUGUCGAAAUCUCAGCAUGUCUGACCCAGAAAAACGCACCAUUGAAUUACACUCACCGGAUGGAAAAUCCACCUGCAUUAUAAGAUUUCCAGAUGCAGCCAUUGCCAGUGACUGGUUUAAUGCCAUUCAUUCAAAUGUCACAUUAUUAUUAAGUCAGUGUAUUGUGGAAGCAAAUCAAGUUAUGUCCUCAGCUCCAAACUCCAGAGAAAUUAAACAUAUUGGGUGGCUCUCGGAACAGCUUAUGAAUGAACAGGGCAGUUUGACUUGGAAGCCAGUAUUUAUAGCUUUAACAGACAAUGACAUGCUCCUGUAUGACACAGCUCCCUGGAGUAAGGAAGAAUGGGCUACUCCAUUCCAAAGCCACCCUCUGCUUGCCACGAGAUUGGUACAUUCUGGUCGACUCAGUAAUCCAAAUGCAGGGACGGAUGUUCUGACCUUUGGUACAAGGUGUGGCACUCGUAAUGGUGUAGAGACGCACAUAUUUAGGGUGGAGACUCAGAGAGAUCUAGCAUACUGGUCACGAGCCUUAGUCCAGGGAUCUCAUGGGGUAGCAGCCAUUAUAAAAGAAGUCACUUGUCCUGUAAAGUGGCAGGGCAAGGACGCUAGACUCACAAUUCACUAUGACUCCGGUUUUACCCUCCACACAGUGGCCCCCAGUGAGGGACCAGAACCCUCAACCUCCAGUGGCUCCACAGUGGCUUGGUCUUAUCCAUACGAGAAGUUACGCAUGACUGGAGAUGAUGGACAUAGAUUGCUGUGGCUGGAAUUUGCUGAUGGAUCAGAACAGGAAUUGGAUCUUGGUACAUGUCCUAAACCAAUUGUGUUUGUACUCCACACAUUUCUGUCAGCAAAAGUGAAUAGACUAGGUCUGAUGAAAAUGAGCAGUAAACAUGUGAAUAAUAUUUCACAGAAGUUAAAAAUAACUUCUCCCACUAUCUUAAGUAAAGCAGAAGAACUAGCCCAGAUGGUGGAUAUAAAAGUCGGGAGUCAGGCCUUAAAUGCUCUGAAUUUGACGGGUUCUUGUCCUGUUGUUAUGUGCUUUGAAUUGGCAGCUAAUACUGUAGGAAAGUCAUUUAACAAGGAAGAAGCUUUGAAAUUAUCUGGAGUGAAUAAAAAAGUCUAUGCAAAUGGCCUGAAAGCCUUGGAGAGCAUGUUAGAUCUAUCAACCAAGGUCACCAUCAAGGAUCUUGCAAUACAAUUUGGCUGUACACCUGCCACAGAACUAGCAACAAAAACACUCAACAGUUAUGAAGAAGAUUACAAAUCAAAGUCAUGCAGAGAGAUGGACUUCUCAUCUCCCAUGUUUCAAGCAACAGCACUUUGUGCAGCUUGUAGAAAACUCAAGAUAAAAAUAGACUGGAACAAACUCCGAGAAGUGUGCAGUAUCAAAAGAUCAACCUAUGAUAGGCUAGUAACAGAAAUGGAAAUCCAUGCAGUCAAAAUGAUGGAAACAAAAACAGUGGAAAAAAAGAAAAGAGUUCGAGGCCUUCUGGAUGAAGUUGAAAAACACCUCCAAGAUGAGGAAGUAUCAAUGAAGCAGCAGAAGAGAGAACAGGAAGAAGAAGAGGAAGUAGAUGAAUACGAGGUGUGGAAGAAGAAGAUACUAGCAGCAGCAGCAAAAGCUAAGGCUAAGGAAAAGGAAAUGAGUGCUACUUGAUUGAGUACCGUAGUGUUUGUGUUGAUUGAAGUCAAGAACUUUAAUCAAAAAAAUUUUUUUGACUGAUGCAUGUAUUGGAAAAGAUGUGGAGAAAACCUGCAGCAAAGUGAAAAUUUAUUUGAGAUACAAGUUGUUUUGUAUACAUUGUACCUAGACAUGACUCUAUUUUGUAUAAUUUAGCUGCUUUACAUCUAAAUAAAUUAUUUUGAAGAAUAAA